AUGCAGGUUGGCAUUGAAACAGCAGACAAGAGCCGUGGCAUUGAUGUGCCAUUGAAUGAUUGCCAUGCGAUCGAGGAAGAAGAUGUUCUUACUGUGUCUUUGAGAAAGCCAUGCCGUCUCUUCACCGGUCCUGACUGUACCGGACACAACACAUUCUUGAGCCCUGGCGACCACUCUUCGAAGGAUCCAAUUCCCGUUAUCGAGUCGAUAUUUUGCCAAUCAUCAUUUUGA